UUCCAGAGUUGUGGGAUUCUUCCAGGUGUUCUACAACACCUUGUUGUUUUCCCAGCUGUAUCAGAUUGCGGGAGGUCUAUAAAGCAGGGCCUGGCAUUCUAGGUGCAACCAAGUAACUUGUCACAAUGCUCUGGCUCAUUAGCUGUCUUGCCCUGGUGGCAUCCACAGUGGGUAAGUGGUCUGUAGGCUCAUGUCCAGCUAGGGUUCCAUAUUAUCGUGAUAACUUUGCAUGCCUUUAUGAAACACGGACUAUAUGCCCAAUUUACAAAUUUAUUACUUCUGUACAAAUAUUUUGUUAUUUUUUACAGGUUGUGGUGUACCUGCCCUAAAACCACAGAUUAGUGGCUACAACAGGAUUGUGAAUGGAGAGAAUGCAGUGUCUGGAUCGUGGCCCUGGCAGGUGUCCCUCCAGGACACAACUGGCUUCCAUUUCUGUGGAGGAUCCCUCAUCAGCCAGUACUGGGUUGUCACUGCUGCCCACUGUCGUGUCAUACCUGGACGCCACCGUGCCGUCCUUGGAGAGCACGAUCGCGGCUCCAGUGCUGAGCCUCUUCAGAUCUUGAACAUUGCUAAGGCUAUUAGCCACCGUUAUUACAACAGUCAAACCUUCAACAAUGACAUCACACUCUUGAGGCUAGUCUCUCCAGCUCAGAUGACCAAUCGUGUGUCCCCUGUGUGUUUGGCCACUUCUACCAUCAGUGUACCUGCAGGCACUCGCUGUGUCACCACUGGCUGGGGCAAAACUCAAACUACCUCAACCCCCCGUAUUCUGCAGCAGACUGCUCUGCCCAUCCUGAGCCAAGCUCAGUGCAGGCAGUACUGGGGCCAGAACAGGAUUACAGAAGCUAUGAUCUGUGCCGGAGCUUCUGGAGUGUCCUCGUGUCAGGGUGACUCUGGUGGCCCUCUGGUCUGUGAGAACAGUAAUCAUGUCUGGAUUCAGGUGGGCAUUGUGUCCUGGGGUACCACCAACUGCAAUGUCCGAGCACCUGCUGUCUACGCCCGCAUCUCUUACCUGCGUGGCUGGAUCGACCAGACCAUCGCCUCCAACUAGAGACUCCAUUCAGCAGCAGUAAUAGUGAUCGGGGAACCUUGCCACCUCUACAGAAUGCAUUACAAGUACACAGAGGGCUGAGGUUAUAUUAUUUUAAUUUUCCCCCUGUUUGAAUAUUGUAAGUGUAUUAAGAAUAAAGGCCUAAGAGGCAAUA